CGGGACCAGGAUUGGGAACCACUGCUGUAGGCUACUAUACAUUCCUAAACCAAAAAUACACCAUAGGCAUUAGCGCACUGCUCACUAAUGACUUUAGGAGUCUUACCAACACCACCAACAACAAGAAUCAGUUGUUCAGUAUCUAAAAUCCAUGGCAGCAGCGCCUGCGACAAGCAUCCAUGGACCUUCUGCACCCCCUGCAAACAUGUUCGACACAGUCCCUGGAUAUGAAGGAACAAUAGCUGGCGGAGGUGGUGGGUAUCUUCCACCUCCACCUCCAUCUGUACCGAUGCCGGAACAAGCCCCCAGCUCUCCAAACUGGCAUAUACCCUCCAUCUCAGAGGACCAAGCACGUGACUCUUUCGCAAUGUACGUCUCCAGCAAGUGCUGUUAUAGUUCUGACCCUGUCAAAGAGGGAGUCAUAACCAGUAUGGAGUCCUUUAAUACCUACAGGUAUCGUUUGGAGACGUUCAUGGAGUCCAGAUCUACUGAAUGGAGUCAGAAGCCUUAUACAGGUCAGCCUGUGGACGCUGGUGUUCAGCCUGCUCCAGGUCCGUGGCAGAUUGCAGCUCAACCUCCAGCCUUCUUUCAAGAGCACAAGCAGACCAUUAAAGUGCCCUAUACUUCCUCCGUCAAGAACUGUCACGUUUGUCUGGGAAUGGGAAGAAACCCCUGUACCACCUGUGCUGGAGCUGGAAACAAAGUCUGUUGGGUGUGUAAUGGUUCUGGUUACCGUCAAUCUGAUGACCGCUGCAUGCACUGCAAUGGGCGCGGGCGUGAAAACUGUAGUUCGUGUAGCGGCAGCGGAACUCGCCAGUGUGACACCUGCCAUGGAAAGAGACAGCUGCUCGUCUUCAUCAACCUCAUUGUUAAAUGGAGCACUGAGAAGGAUGAAUUCAUAGCGCAAGACUCGAGUGGACUGAGAGUGGAAAAUCUGGGGAAGGUUUCAGGGAAGGAACUCUUCAAAGAUGCCCAAUAUAUGGUCUAUCCAGUGAGGGGCUUUCCAGAUGUUUCUGUUGGACAAGCUUCUGAGCGCUUAGUAAGAGACCAUCAGGUGAAAUACGCCCAGACUUCCCUCAUAUUACAACAGAGGCAGACGAUCGAGCUCAUUCCUAUAACCAAAGUGAACUACAUGUGGAAAGGAAAGCCUUAUGUUUAUUAUGUGUAUGGAAAUGAGUUUAAAGUGAAUGCUGAUGACUAUCCCGCAACCUGCUGCUGUUCUGUGAUGUAACAUCAAAUACACCUGACCUGAUGUACAGUAUAAUAUAAAUGCUGUAUAUCCAUUAAGAUGAACAAGUGUAAUGUCUUUUGCCUAUACAUCCCAGAAUCAUGACAUCUGUAGCUAACAGACACAUAAUGCAACCUGUCCAAAUGGGGCAUUGUUUAUGCAGCUGAACUUCUAACCAUGUACAUAUAUGUAACAUUUUAUGUCACCUGACUCAAUAUGACCAAAUGUGAAUUACUAAACCUCUUAUAGAUUAAUGCAUUUUUCAGAAGACCUUACUAUUCAAAGAAUUUGAAGUAUAUUUUGUAUUAAACCUAUAAACAAAAAUAAUGUAUUGAGAUUAAGAAAGUCAAAAUAAACUCUGAAUAAACAUUCUUUUCAUUUUUGUA